AAUACAUUUUAGGAGCAUCCUUGACUUAAAAAUCAUUCCCUCUACCUAUUAGAAGAAAAAGGAUUUAUAUAUAUUUUUGUAAAUCUCUAAAAAUAAUAAUAAUAAUUAAAAAAUAGGAAUGCCACAAAACUUUUAAAAUGUUUGUCAGUUUAGCUAGACUGAUAUGCUUUUUCCUUAUCCUUUAAUGUGUGGAUAAUCUUGGUUGGGAUUAUUUAUAUAUUGAUCCCUCCCAAUUGAAUUUAGAUUUCUGAAUACAGUUAGAAAUGUUCUUUUAAUUUUAUCUAUAUUUAUAUUUUCAUUUUUAAUUUAUUUAUUUUUUUAAAUUAAUUUUAUAUAUUUUUUUUCUCUUUUGGUAAUCCUUAAAUUGAAUUGUUUUGUCUCCACAUGUAUACAUGUAGUGUCAUCCCCCGUAAUAACUUAUUUGCAAAGAAAGAAAGAAAAAAAGCACCGUAACCGGAAGUGCUUUUUGCAAUUACCUGUGCUUUUAUUUUGAAAGCGGAAACUGUUUUGGCUGCGCGGGCUAACUUGACGCCAUAGCGAUUUGGGAACGACUGGAGUUUACCGCCGCCUGUCUGCCCCCCCUCCGCCGUCAACUGGGGCUAAACCGGCGUUAAGAAGAAGUUUGUUUCGGAGUGGAGCGGGUUCGGGUCCGGUUCCGACGCGCUUUCCUGAAGGCGGGUCGGAGUGCUCGGUGCCCCGCGGCUGUCCGGCCGCUAGCAUUGAUGACUGCUGCUAAACAUGGUGGCCUGCUGGACUAGGGACUAGGACCCAAACCGAGGUUCCGCCGGGGAGAAGCGGAGGACCGGCGCGGUCCGUGCCCCGUGAAGCGUGAAUAACCGCGGGUUUCUUCUGAAGCGGGUUCCAAGUUUUCCACGCGGGUCGGGAAAGUUGCGAGCCGCGCGGGGAGGCUCGCGCCCCGGCGCCAGGAGUCGGUUCGGCCGCCGCUGCGGAUGCUGGGAGUCGGUGCAGCGAGCUGGAUCUCCUUCAUCCCCCGAACGGUUCCGCUCGUCCGCGCGCGCAGGGUUCCCAACUAUUCUGAGGAUUAUUAUGGAUUAUUCCCGUGGCCUGAUCCCGAUCCGAAUCGCAGCAGGCCGGAGGUUCUGGGGUCCGGUGGUGAAGAUGAGAGAACGGAGCUCCUCAUCGGCGUGAUUCCGCUCUUAGAGGUCGGUACAUGGAGACUCGCCUGACAUGCCAAGGAAGGAGUUGCCGCUACCUGACGGUUGGGAGGAGGCCCGAGACUUUGACGGCAAAGUUUACUACAUCGACCACAUCAACCAGAGCACCAGCUGGAUCGACCCCCGAGACAGGCAGACGAAGCCUCUGUCGUUUGCUGACUGCAUCGGAGAUGAGCUGCCGGUGGGCUGGGAGGAGGCGUACGACCCCGUCAUCGGGCCGUACUAUGUUGACCACAACACCAAAAGCACCCAGCUGGAGGACCCGCGGGUGCAGUGGCAGCGGGAGCAGGAGGCCAUGCUCCGGGACUACCUGUCCGUGGCCCGCGACGCCCUCAGCACCCAGAAGGAGAUCUACCAGGUGAAGGAGCAGCGGCUGCAGCUGGCACAGCAGGAGUACCUGCAGCUGAACGAGGCGUGGAGGGACAAGUCCACGUCGCAGACGAGCCUCAAUUCCAGGUCGUCGUCUUCCAGCAAAUAUGACCCGGACAUCCUGAAAGCAGAGAUCGCCACGGCCAAAAGCCGGGUGAACAAGCUGAAGUGGGACCUGGCCUGCAUGAAGCAGGAGCUGCAGUUCAAAGAACAAGGCUUUGAGACCCUGAAGGAGAUCGACCAGAAGGUGUCCAGCAGCUCGUGCGGCUACAAGCUCCAGGAGACGCAGGCCAUCCUCAGCGAGGUGCGCUCCAUCCGAGACGCCAUCAGCUCCGGGGAGAAGGAGAAGCAGGAGCUCAUGCAGAAACUGGCCGUGCUGAAGGACGGCUUUGAGCUGGACUCGGGCUCCCAGCAGGAGCUGUGGAGCAGCGGCCCCACCACCCCCAGCCUCCAGACCCCCAUCCCUCGCCUGUACUCUGACGCCGGCUCCCAGACCGACAUCCCCGCGGAGCUGACGACGGGCAGCAACAAGCUGGCCGAGAAGGUCCGACUGAGCCUGAAGUACGAGGAGACCAAGAGACGGAUCGCCAACAUCGAGGUGCAGAUCGCUAAACUGGACAGUGAGGCGUGGCCGGGUCUGCUGGACCCGGAGCGAGACCGCCUCAUCCUCAUCAACGAGAAGGAGGAGCUUCUGAAGGAGCUGCAGUACGUCAGCCCCCGCCAGCGCCUGGAGCCCAACGAUGCGGAGAAGCUGGAGACGGAGAAGAAGCGUCUGGAGAAGGACCUGCAAGCGGCCAGAGAAAACCAGAGCAAAGCGCUGACCGAGAGGCUUCGGCUCCACUGCAGGAGGAGCAAGCUGGUCCGAGAGCUGGAGGAGAUGGUCCGGUUGGCCACGUCACUGCACAUGCAGCUGAAGAGCCUGUCGGACAGCACCCUCUCCUGUUCGUCCAGCAGCAGCCGGGGCUCCCUCACGUCCAGCCGCGGCUCUUUGGCCACCACUUCCAGCUUAGGCUCCGCCUCUUCGCUCAGCUUCACCGACAUCUACCUGGAGCAGCCGGAGCUGGCCGACCCGGACCUCCGGAACAAACUGGACACCCUCCUGCAGGAAGGAGGUCAACUGGGCUACCGGCCCUCCAGCUCCAUCACCACCAUCCACGAGCACGAGGUGGUGACGGGCUGCGGGGGGCGGGGCCAGGGAAGGGCUCAGGGCAAAGCCGACGCAGAAGGUUCUGGUCCCGGCGUCGGAGCUGAGGCCUCCAGGAUCCAGGCGCUCCGGCUGGAGGAGACCCCUCACUCCAUGAGCUCCUUGUCUCCGCGCUCGUCUCUGUCCUCGCUCUCCCCGCCCUGCUCGCCGCUGGUCUCGGACACUCACUUCCUGCCGGGCGACACCUUUGCAAGCCAGAUGGGGUCCGGUGGGUCGGGCCUGGACCUUCACAGCAGGCUGGCGGAGCUGGAGCUGGACUCGGAGGAGAAGCUGAACCACAACGUUCUGAGCGACGGGGCAAAAGCUCGACAGCUUCAAGGGGCGGGGCCAAAGAAGACGGGCGUGACCUCUGCGGUAUCAGACGAGUCCGUCGCCGGGGACAGCGGCGUUUACGAGCCGUCAGAGAGGAAGCCCGGCCUGUCUGCAGAACUGUUCCACGGCUCGGAGGAGGACAGACUGGCGCCGGGCUGCUCUCAGGUGCAGCUCGGCUUCCGUUACGAGUCCAGAGAGCAGCGCUUCACCGUCUCCAUCAUGCAGCUGCUCAACUGCAGCGCCCUCUGUCUGCCGCCGGAGCAGAGAACGCACGUGCGCGUGGCGAUGCUGCCGUGCACGCAGGCCACCCGCUGUCUCUUCCGAACGCGCAGCUGGCUGCCGCAGGACGUGGUGCUGCUCAACGAGGUGUUCGGCGUGCAGAUUUCCCACAGUGCUUUGCGGCAGAAGACCCUGAGGGUUGAUGUCUGCCACGUCAGCAAGUCGGGCCACGAGAAGUGUGUGGCGGGAGCUCAGAUCAGCAUGGCUGAUGUCAGCUGUGUGGAGGAGAGAUGCACCCGAUGCUUUAACCUGCUGAGCCAUGUCCACAACACACCUGAGAGGGCCAACAAGGACGAGGACGGUUCUGCACAGAGUGACGUUUGCAUCAGUGCAGCAGCUAAAGAUCCCGAGGACGAGUGGCACAGCGACCCUUUUGAGCCUGACAUGUUUGAAACAAACUGCGUGGAGGGGGCGGGGCCUCCGGAUGCAGAGGAUGGAGCUGAUCCAUACAACAGCCAAUGGGAGACGCAGGAAGAGGAGGAGAAGGUGAACCCACCCCCCCCUCCUUCAGGCGCCAUGACAGAGAGGGUCAAUAAGGAGACGAGCACGGAGAACCCGAUGGCGUCCCAUUCCUGCUCCGUGGUUCGGCCCAAAGAGAGGCGGUCCGACGUCCAGAACCCCUUCAUGAGGGGCCACACCAUCAUCCGCUCCAAGACCUUCUCUCCUGGACCUCAGAGCCAGUACAUCUGCAGGAUCAACCGCAGCGACAGCGACAGCUCCACGCUCUCCAAGAAGUCUCCGUUUGUCAGGAACGCCUCAGAGAGACGCAGCAUGCGCAUGAAGAAGCCUUCGGUGCAGGCCAAAAGCCUGGACGGCCUCCUCCAGACCUCCCUGGACCUGGAGCUGGACCUGCAGGUGUCCCGGACCCGGCAGGCCCGGCUGGCCCAGGAGCUGCGGGUGCUGCGGGAGCUGAAGAAGCAGCUGGAGAAGGCGAGGAUGGAGGGCCAGAAGGAGCUGCCGGGCUGGGUGCAGGAGGACGAGCGCUUCCGCCUCCUCCUCAGGCAGGCGGAGAAGCAGACUCCUGAGGAACUGCUGCACGAGAAACGAGUGGAGAAGAUGAUGAGGACGGCAACCAAGGACGUCCACAAGAUCAGAGGCCAGAGCCGGAAGGAGCUCCCUGAGAUCCAGACCUUCAGGGAGAAGAUGGCGUUCUUCACCCGGGCGAAGGCCUGCAUCCCCGAGCUGCCGGCGGACAGCGUGUAGAGAAGCAUUUCAAAGUAUUGAGGGACGUCUGGUUCUCCAGCGUGACCAGAGCUCUGCUCGUGAAGUCUAGAGCGUAGGUAGGAAGGAAGUAUGUGGCGGUCCCUGGUGAGGGCGCCCUCUAGUGGUAGCUCCGCCUCUGACCUUCAGUUUACACAGACUCAGCCGCCGUUCCUGCAGGCACAAGGCUUUUAUUGUGAAAUCAGGCAGGAACGGCGCCGUAGUGAUGGAGGUGGUAUCGAACGGCUGUCAGUCACGUGUUUGACGGCGUUCUGAAAGCACAACGACCUUCAUGUUUCCUCUCCUAAACAACAACAGAUUUCAGCUUGUUGACAUUACAGUUCUAAUCCUUCAGAUUAUUAGUUUUAAAGUUCUUUUAAAUCUAAAUCCAAGUAUAAGUUUAUUUUUGGGCUCAUUAAAGCUAAAGAUGACAGAUCCGGUAACCUCUGUCCAGAACCAGAACCACAGGAAGUUCUGAGCAGAAUCGUGUCAAGAAUUCAUCUUCAUUGGUAAAAAGUGUUCGCUCACGCGUGACGGAUCGACGUCUCCAUGACGACCGUCCGCUCCAAACCCAACCAGGGUUUAGCUAAAGAGUCGUUUGGAUCACAAAGGUUCUGCAAAGACUCAGAAGUUUGUCAUGAAAGCCGCCGUGAUGGUGUCGGCGAGAAGAUGCUCGUGAAACAUCAAAGGCUUUGGUUCCGCCAUUUGGCCACGCCCACAUCACAGUCGGUGAUCUGGCGAGUUAAAAGACAUUUUUGAUGUGCAACAGGAUAUGAAUGAUGGAUGUAGCUAUGAACAUCAGCUGAUGUUCUGAACCUGGACGUUCUCCAAUCAGAACAGCUGCCCCUCUCUUAUUUUGAAGGUAUUCUCUCACUUCCUGCCACAUCUCCUCUGUUGUGUUCUGGUCUCUUCAUUUUUCAUCUCUAAAAGGUUCUGAGUUGAUCAGAGAUUCAAACUCGACCCGGAGCCGGGAAGCUCCAUCCGGACAGAACCGGUCGUUCUGGGUGAUGUUCUUCGGGGUAACCCAGUCUGAACAUGAGGGAGAUGUUUCCUAAAGUUCUGAUAAACAGUUGGAGUUAUAAACCAACCGUUUAGAUCAUGUAGAUACACAUCCAAGUCUGGACAGAAACUCAACACAACGAUGUCAGAGGAGCUGUGGGGUCGUGGUAAACGUUAGCUUAGGUGCACUAACGCUCGCUAACACUCAGGUAGAAGAUGCUAGUCUGAUAGUUGGCACUUUAACGGCCUUUAGGAGAAGAUGAAACGCUUUAGAGGAAGUCCUGCUCUGGAAUGAGUCACUGUCCAAGCACACAACGGUCGUUGAAACACGCAGGAAGUGAAGAUCAGACGUCUUUUCUAUUGAAUGUAUGAUUGUGAAGAAAACUGUCCGGUCAGCUGACAGGAAGUCAGAUGCUCCACCUCUUUUCUGACUGGCUGACGGGAAAAUGUGAUUUUUUUUUUCCUUGUGUUUCUACGCUGUGGUGGCGUGUUUUGUCUUUCGGGUCCAGACUUGGAGUUCUGGACGUCAUGAGGAGCACCAGCAUCACGUUAAGUUCCUGCUUUGAACCAAGUUUGGCCUUUUAGCUUCAGAUGUGAAUGUUUCAGCUCUGAGGGUGGAGAGGAACGAGACGUUUCUGCUGCCCCCUAGUGGCCACACUUCCAACCAAAAGCUGUUUUUUCUGCUGUCUUUCUCCAGAAUGUGAGCGUUCAAGCUCACAGGAAGUGUUGGUUUGUGAACAGGAAGCUGCGACCGCGCUGCAGGAAGUUCCUGCCAGGAUCAGUGGACCGUCUGCUCAGUUUAGACCCAGAACAUCUCAAGUUCUUCGUGCUAGGGGGCGCUGUAGGCGCUUUGACAGUGAGGUGGAAUCGUCAUGAGAGGAUUUUGGUUACAGAUGCGCCUCAAAAGUAAAAGUUUCUAUUUUUUAAUAUUUUACUGCAGAACUCGUUGAUUAUUAUUGUUCAUAUUUAGUUCAUAUCUAAAAACUAGAUUUAAAUCAAAAAACAUCAAAUAUUUUCAUUUUUACUGGUAAAAUAAUUCCAGGAAUCAGAAGUUUAUUGAUCUGAUCCAUAAAGUUCUGGAUCUUAACCGUCACCUUUAGAGCCAGACGGUCUGAGGAGGUUCUGGAGAAACACUCCAGACCUGAUCUUUACUCUUAGCUCCAGAACGUCGUUGAACUUCUCCUGGAGUUCAGCAGCACCAACAGGCUUCAGUUUUACUCCUUAAAGGGACGUCUGAAGGUCCUUGUGAGCUGAGUCGUCUCAGAGAUCAGACGUGUUGAAUCCAGAGGAAACUUCGCUGGUCUAAGUUCAGAGCCCUGAGAAAGCUGAGCUCUGAUUGGACGGUUCAGACUGAUCAGGUGAGGCGACUUCCUGCAGGUGAACGCACCAAACCUCCCCUUAGCCAGGUGUCCUCAGACGGAGCUGAAACAUUCUGACGUUAAAGCGUCUGAAGAUGUAGAAGAAAUAAGGUUUCCUGAGAGGACGGUUUGUAAACGUCCCGUCAUGAAUCUGGACCGCCGAGGAACCGGCCGACACGCAGCAUGUAUUUAUUGCACUUCCGGGGUGUGUUUGUUUCCUCCUGAUCCGCUCGUUUGGAGUCCAGAGAAGCUGUGAAUGUGAUCCUCAGACACUGAAGCUCAACAAGAAAUGUAAAUAUCUCACCAGCACAGAGAAGUCCUCAGAUGUACGUUUUUGUAGUUUCACAACAAAGAAAUAAAAACUUCUCUUCUGUC